GACUUCUUUACCCAAAAGCCUCGGUCCCAUCUCGAGUUACACAUGCACAGGGCUUCUUUCUUUUCCUAUUAACACUUUCUAUACUUUCUGAUUUGUUUAUAUACUUUUUUCCAAAUUAUAGAAUCAUACUCUUGUAUGAAGAGGCCCAACGACAUCCAAAAUAUAAGGUUCUUUCUAUCUCAUCGCUCUCGAGCGUAUCAACGGCAUUGGAAGGUUCAAACUUCCGGGACAGAAAGAUAUAUAUAUGCUGUCGAUCACUGGUAAUUUUGGCCAACUUCGAACUCCUGCGGCCAACGCAUUCUAGAUGAAAUAUAAGCCUGUGCAGAGUUCCAGGAUUCCGCUACUCGGCACAGCCAACGAAUGUAACAACUCACCUAGGCCUUCAUUAUGGAACUAGCUGGACCGAUACCAGAACUACAGCUCGGGGAUCAAUCCCCAGACCCAUACCUUUUCGACUUUACAAGGCUGGGACCACAGAUCUUCUUCCAUGAACCAAAAGGUUCGAGUCCUUCCAACUCUGAGGCUGGGACACCACCCGACCUAAUCAUACUAUGCUCCUGGAUGGGAGCACACCCAAGAUAUAUCGCCAAAUACACCAAACCAUAUCAGUCAAUGUUUCCUCACUCACCAAUACUAUUGCUCAAGCAGGACGGACCGGAUUUGUUCUGGAAGCCAACAUUUCUCCAAAGGCGCGCCAUAAAACCCGCUCUGUCGGUGAUACGACGAGUGGUGCAGUCCAAACUACCAGACAAACCUCGAAUCCUCCUCCAUAUCUUCUCAAAUGGCGGGUCAUACUCGGCACUAUUUCUCGCAGAUGCUUAUCGAACCGCAUCGACUAAUAAGGACGAACCACUCCCCAUUUCGGCACUCAUUCUAGACAGCACGCCGAGUUUACCUUCUUCCAAGAGUGCUCACGCAGCUAUCUCGGAAUCACUGCCGAAAUCUGGACCCAUGCGAACAGUCGGUAGCGCUGCUACAUGGGCAUUCAUCGGACUGGCGAAGACUUAUGAAACGGUCUCUGGAAGCGAGAACAUAACGUUGUGGUUGCGAAGGAAGUUGAACGAGCCUGGAAGUGCAUUCACUCAGAAUGGAUUGAAGAGGUUGUACAUCUACUCCCAAUCAGAUGCGUUGAUACCAGCGGCGGAUGUCGAAUCCCAUGCCAGAGAAUCCAUGGACAUCAUUGGCAGGGAAAGGGUUCAACUUGAGGAUUUCGUGUCUAGCAGACACGUAGGCCACGUUAUGCUUGAUGGGCAGAGAUACUGGGAAUUGGUCGAGAAUCUGUGGAAAGAAAUGACUUCAUGAAUGGCGUAUAGUUUUAAAUUGUAUAUUCCAAAGAGAGAUAUCCU